GGGAGAAGAAGAGGGAGUCAACAGUCAAUCAUUUCGGACCACGCUUAAAAAGGAUUUAAUUUUCGAAACGGGAAGUUCGGAACUCGCCUGCGGCACUCGCCUGCUCGGCCUUGUGUGUGUGUCUCGGGUCCAGUUGCUUUUACCACGACGACGCUUGCAGCUCUGAGAUCGAUCUCAGAACUCCGGGGGAGAGAGGGAGGAGAGGAGGAGAGAGAGAUCCAGAGAUCCAUCCUGAUACAACACCAAACAGGGUAGAGUGGAGUCUCGGCGAAGGGAGUCAUCUCAUCGAACGAAGGAAAGAAGAAGAAGAAGAAGGAGGAGGUGGAGGAGGAGGAGGAGGAGCGGCGAAGGAAGGACGCUCCGCGCGGUCGAGCAGCGCGAGACACGACGACGACCGGGAGAAGGAAAAUCGAGAGAGGCAAAGCCAAUCUUAAGAUCGGCAUGGGACGAACAGCACGCCAGUGGAGCAGGUCGAAAAGAGGCGAGUGAGAGGCAGAGUGUGAGAGAGAGGAGAGUGCGCUUGAGUGUUGUGCCGGAAGGCUGUGGGAAUUGGUGUGUAGAUAGACAACACGCAGGUGGAUGAGUGUUAGUUUUGUGUUUUCCUCUAGCAAUACAAGGUGAUGGAGCUGCAAAGAAAAUGGCAAACGUGCCGCUUGGGAUUGCAUUGGUGAUACUCGAUAUUCUGCCCUUCGUGAUUUUAUUGGUGCAAGGCUUGAGCGGAUACUGGCGAAGCUGGACUGGACUAGGUUCCACCUCUCACGACGAGACGACAGCGCGUCGAUCGGCUGCGAUUCGGGUUCUUGGUGCUCUUGUUCGGUCCCAGGAUAGGAACCUUGCUCGCCCGGGCGGGACUGCCCUAGACAUCGGUCAAUUAAAGAAAGCUCUUGACACUUCUGCACUGUCUUUGGAGUUCAAGGUGGCUGACAGAUCUUCGUUGCAUCCGACGGGCAGGAGGGCGUGUCUUUCUUCGAGCAGGGACCGUGGCGACCUACAUCCUGCGCGUCGUGUAUUACAACCCUGAUGCUGAGGCACAUCUGAUUUGAAUCCUCAUCAGCAGCCACCUUGUAGAUCAACCAUGGCGACUGCAAAUAUUUCAAUCGGAUCGCAAGUAUGGGUAGAAGAUUCCAACCUGGCCUGGGUGGAGGCUGAGGUGUUGGAUUUCGAUGGCAAGCAAGUUAAGGCGCGAACCAUCAAUGGAACGACGGUCGUGGCCUCCGUUUCCAAUGUACAUGCCAAAGAUUCCGAUUCCCAGCCAGGAGGAGUGGAUGACAUGACCAAACUGGCAUACUUGCAUGAACCAGGGGUUUUGUACAAUCUUGCAAGUAGAUAUGAGCUUGACGAAAUAUAUACAUAUACCGGGAAUAUAUUGAUAGCUGUAAAUCCUUUUGCAAAGCUUCCUCAUCUUUAUGACAACCACAUGAUGGAGCAAUAUCGUGGAGCUCCACUGGGAGAACUGAGUCCGCACGUAUUUGCAGUUGCCGACAGUUCUUAUAGGGCAAUGAUCAACGAGAAAAGGAGUCAGUCUAUUUUGGUUAGUGGAGAAAGUGGAGCUGGAAAGACUGAAACUACGAAGUUGAUCAUGCAAUAUUUAGCCUACAUGGGUGGGAGAGCAAAUACUGAUGGAAGGACAGUGGAGCAACAAGUUUUGGAGUCGAAUCCACUUCUCGAAGCAUUUGGAAACGCGAAGACUUCUCGCAAUGACAAUUCUAGUCGCUUUGGAAAGUUCGUGGAGAUACAAUUUGAUCGUAAUGGGAGGAUAUCCGGAGCUGCUGUCAGAACAUAUCUACUAGAAAGAUCUCGUGUUGUACAGAUUGCCGAUCCAGAGCGCAACUACCAUUGUUUCUAUCAGCUAUGUGCUUCUCCAGAGGAUUCUGAGAAGUACAGACUUGGUGAUCCGAGGAGCUUCCAUUAUCUAAAUCAGAGUCCAGUCUUUGAGUUGAACAACGUGAACAACGGGCGGGAAUACAUCAAGACGAGGAGGGCUAUGGACAUUGUCGGCAUUAGCCCUGAGGAACAGGAAGCAAUAUUUCGAGUGGUGGCUGCUAUACUGCAUUUGGGAAACGUGGAGUUUACAACAGGGAAAGAGGCCGAUUCAUCAAUACCGAAGGAUGAGAAGUCUAAAUUUCAUCUCAGUGUGGUUGCGGAGCUUUUGAGGUGCAAUAGCAAGAGCUUACUGGAUUCGUUGUGCGAGCGCAUCAUUGUUACACGUGACGAAAAUAUCACCAAAACUCUAGAUGCUUAUUCUGCUACAACUAACCGUGACACUUUGGCGAAGACGAUCUACUCGAGAUUGUUUGACUGGCUGGUCGACAAGGUCAACAAAUCUAUUGGGCAAGAUCCAGAUUCGACCACUUUGGUGGGAGUCCUUGAUAUUUAUGGUUUCGAGAGCUUCAAGGUUAACAGUUUUGAGCAGUUUUGUAUCAAUCUCGCCAAUGAGAAGCUGCAGCAACACUUCAAUCAGCAUGUGUUCAAGAUGGAGCAGGAAGAGUACACGAAGGAGGCCAUCAAUUGGAGCUACAUUGAGUUUGUCGACAAUCAAGAUGUUCUUGAUCUCAUCGAGAAGAAGCCUGUCGGGAUCAUAGCUCUUCUGGACGAAGCCUGUAUGUUUCCCAAGUCAACGAAUGAAACGUUCGCGACAAAACUGUUCCAGAGUUUCAACAGGAACAAGCGCUUCAGCAAGCCCAAGCUUUCUCGUACUGAUUUCACAAUCAGUCACUAUGCUGGCGACGUGACGUAUCAGACUGACCUCUUUCUCGAUAAGAACAAGGAUUACGUUGUUGCUGAGCAUCAAGCUUUGUUGGGAUCUUCUUCGUGUUCAUUCGUGGCUGGCCUCUUUCCUCCUCCUUCGGACGAAUCUUCAAAGUCGUCGUACAAAUUUUCAUCCAUCGGAACUCGUUUCAAGCAACAACUGCAAGCCCUCAUGGAGACUCUGAAUCAAACUGAACCUCAUUACAUUCGGUGUGUGAAACCAAACAUGGUCAACAAACCUGGUCGGUUUGAGAAUGUGAAUGUGCUCCAACAACUUCGAUGUGGUGGUGUUCUUGAAGCGGUGAGAAUCAGUUGUGCUGGAUACCCAACCCGACGGACCUUCGAUGAGUUCAUUGACAGAUUCGGCCUUUUGGCUCCUGAGCUCCUGAAUGGAAAUUACGAUGAGAAGACUGUCACCGAAAAGCUUUUGGAGAAAAUGGGUCUUGUCAAUUUCCAGGUGGGUCAAACGAAAGUGUUUUUGAGGGCAGGCCAGAUGGCGACGCUGGAUGGUAAGAGGUCAGAACUUCUAAGCAAUGCGGCAAGAACCAUUCAGCGGCAAGUUCGUACAUUUUUGGCCAGGAGAGAAUUCACGAAAAAGAGAAAGGCCGCUGUCAAAAUCCAGGCUUGCUGGCGAGGAAGGAUGGCACGGAAGCAGUAUGAAGAUCUUCGGAAGGAAGCUGCUGCUGUGUGCAUUCAAAAGCAUGUCCGCAGGUGGUUGGCUCAAAAGUCAUACGCGAAAACGCGCAAGGCUGCUAUUUUUGUUCAAGCAGGAGUCCGUGGUAUGAUUGCUCGGAAGGAAUUCAGACGCAGACGUCAAACCAAAGCUGCAAUCAUCAUACAGACACGGUUCCGUGGGUACAAGGCUCGCUCUGACUACCAAAAGUUACGCAAAGCAGCGGUCGUCUUCCAAUGUCAAUGGAGAGGCAGGGUUGCUAGACAAGCACUCAAAAAGCUCAAAAUGGCUGCAAAGGAAACUGGUGCGCUACAAGCAGCUAAGACAAUGCUUGAGAAGAGAUGCGAUGAGCUUACCUGGCGUCUGCAACUGGAGAAACGUAUGCGGACGGACUUGGAAGAGGCCAAAGCUCAGGAGAUCUCCAAGCUUCAAGCCUCCUUGCAAGAUAUGCAGCUGCAAGUCCAGGCCGCAAGCGACAGCCUUAUCCAGGAGAGAGAGCAAAACAAAAUGGCACUUGGACAGGCUGUGCUUGCUGCCGAAAGGGUCCCCUCUGUUGAGGUCACUGACGCUAAGGUGGAGAAAUUGGUCGCUGAGUGUGACAGACUUAAGGCCUUGGUCGAGACACUUGAGGCAAGAGCAGCAGAGGCAACAGAGGCAGAGAAGAAGUAUGCUGCUGCCAAGAAGGAAAGUGAUGAAAGGUUACUUAGAGCAGAAGAAGCAGAGGCGAAGAUUGAGCAAAUGCAGGAAGCUGUUCAUAGAUUGGAGGAAAAGCUUCAAAAUAUGGAGUCGGAGAAUCAAGUUCUUCGCCAACAAACGCUUGUAUUGUCGCCCACCAAGGGUCUUGGAAGUCGAUUCAAAACCACUGUUUUCCAGAGAAGCCCAGACAAUGGAUAUCUUGCAAAUGGUGAACACCGUCAGGCCACUCUUGAGACACCUUCUACAGCUCAAAUUGAGAGAGAGCAUUCGGAGGCUGAACAAAGGCGUCAAAAGCUACUCAUCGACAGACAACAGGAGAAUCAAGAUGCCCUUCUGCAGUGUGUCAUGCAAGAUGUGGGAUUCAGCCAUGAUAGGCCGGUUGCAGCAUGUAUUAUUUACAAGUCUCUUCUUCAGUGGCGCUCAUUCGAAGCUGAGAGGACGAAUGUAUUUGAUCGCAUCAUUCAAACUAUCGGAACUGCUAUUGAGAGUCAAGAGAACAAUGAUGUCUUAGCAUACUGGCUGUCCAACACGUCAACGCUUCUCUUCCUUCUGCAACGUACUCUAAAAGCCAGUGGGGCAGCUGGAGGUACCCCGCAACGCCGAAGGCCCAGUUCUGUGACCCUCUUCGGACGCAUGACACAAGGAUUUAGAUCUUCUCCUUCCGGCGGAGUUUCUUUUGGAAAUGGUGGAAUUAUGGGUGGACUAGAGGUUCUACGACAAGUGGAGGCCAAGUAUCCAGCUUUGCUUUUCAAGCAGCAGCUCACUGCUUACGUCGAAAAGAUUUACGGAAUGAUUCGCGACAAUCUCAAGAAGGAGAUUUCACCGCUCCUAAGUCUCUGUAUCCAGGCGCCAAGGACAUCUAGAGCGACGUUGAGUAAAGUGGCAUCUAGGACAUCACCGAUCGCCAAUAUGUCUACACAACAAGUCUUGAGCAGUCACUGGCACAGCAUCAUCAGCAGUUUGAGUUCACUCCUGAGCACCUUGCGCGCCAAUCAUGUGCCACCGUUUUUGGUCCGGAAGCUCUUUACGCAGAUCUUUUCUUUUAUCAAUGUACAACUAUUCAACAGCUUGCUUUUGAGGCGUGAGUGCUGCUCAUUUAGCAACGGAGAGUAUGUCAAGGCUGGACUGGCAGAGCUUGAACACUGGAUAUAUGACGCAACAGAGGAGUACGCAGGUUCAUCUUGGGAUGAGCUGAAGUAUAUAAGACAAGCCGUCGGAUUUUUGGUUAUUCAUCAAAAGCCGAAGAAAUCUCUUGAUGAGAUUACUCAUGAUUUGUGCCCAGUCUUGAGCGUACAACAACUCUAUCGUAUCAGCACCAUGUAUUGGGAUGACAAAUAUGGCACGCAUAGUGUUUCACCUGAGGUAAUUGCUAAUAUGCGAGUGUUGAUGACCGAGGAUUCCAACAGUGCCGUCAGCAACUCCUUCUUGCUGGACGACGACUCAAGCAUUCCCUUCACUGUAGAUGACAUCUCGAAGUCAAUGUCAGACAUUGAUUUGUCUGAUGUGGAUGCUCCCCCACUUCUUCGGGACAACGCGGCCUUCAAUUUUUUACAACCACAGCAUGAGCGCUUUGUGGUGCCAGGCUUCAAACAACAUGGCAACUCUUUCACCGCCGCUAUGUUAGCUGCACAAAAGUUGAAUGCGGACAAGACCUAUGCCAUGGCUACCCGCUCGUACUCUUUCAAAAGCGCGACCAGCAACCAGCAACAAACAGGCGUGCCGAGAAGCAGUAGUGGGCCGAAGGGAGGUAGCAACAGCGCUGGCACGCAACCCGCUAGCGCGGAGAAUAACGAUGUUGAUUUGGGAGUGUACAAAACCCGUCUGUGCCUUCGAUUUAGUACUCCGGAAGGUUGUCGCUACGGAGACAAGUGCCGCUUCGCGCAUGGGAAGAGCGACCUGCGCCCGAUGCCAGCUCCGUCCGUGCGCUCAUUGGGAAGCUCCAUCGAUAGUCGAAGCACGGGAGAGUACUCGAGGCAGUCGUCCAUGGCCAGGAGUGUUGAUAGUUUGAGUCUCAUGUAUCCGUCCAACGUAUCGAAUAAUGGCAGUUACCACACCGAACCCAACUCGCCCGCUUCCGCCCCAGGAUUUGGAUUCGGAUCCUCGUCGACGUCGAAGAAGAUCAGCAUUGGAGCCGCCUUCGCCGGGGCAAUCAUCGGCAAGGCCGGCGCGAACGUGAAGCAAAUCAACCGGCUGACCGGAGCAAAAGUGUCGAUCCGCGAGCACGGGACCGACCCGAAUAUGAGGAACGUGGAGAUGGAGGGCUCGCUGGAGCAGAUAGAGCAGGCUAGCGAGAUGGUGAGGCAGUACAUGCAGAACAAGGAGCUCCUGUCGUCUAGGGCAGCGGCUCUCGGCUCCCGCAGCUUCAAGACCAAGCUGUGCAAGAACUUUGUGCAAGGAACCUGUACUUUCGCCGAUCGGUGCCAUUUCGCACAUGGUGCAUACGAGCUUCGUGUGGCUAAUUUGAGAUGAGUGGACAGCUCAUCGUCCUCCUCGGAACAUGAAGAAGUUUUUCUAGCUAGUAGCAGACAAAUAGACGAAAAUAGGACGAUUGAUAUGGGACUUCCACCACAAAAGAGUGCUAGAGUUUCAACGCGAGUUAAGUCGAGAGAUGAGGGCCAACUUUAUUUUCUCUCACCUCAUGCUUCAUCACCACCACAGUCAGUCGCAGCCCACCACCCUUCUCCCGUGCUUUCUGCUGCGGGCGCUCGGUCGGUUCUCAGACUGCAGGACGCUAGCGCCAACUUUGCUGCCUCCUCGAAGAAUUGCAAAAAGCCCGAUAGAUGGAUCACGAGGUUUAUCCAACAACACCCAUGUAUGAUGCAAAAUUGUGGCGAUGGGGGGGCUCCGAUGCCGAGUGCGUUCGCCAAUGCGGCCAAGCUCCAUCCUCCCCCCCAAUUGGAUAUUACAUUUACAGGCUUCCCAUUCACUUGUAACCAUAGACGAUCAUCAUCAUCAUCAUCAGUGUAUAGUAGUGAGCUUUCUUUUGUAUGUGUAUACACCGAGCUAUUCUUUAUGUAAUUUUUGAUUCUUAGAGCUUCUGGCUCCAUUAUCUCUCCGUGCUCCGCCUCUCUUAUCGUCCGUCCCUCUCUCCUCUCCUCCUCCUCUCCUCCCAUCUCGACCUUCAUCUCCAUCUCUUCUCCUCGUCUCGUCUCCAUAUCUUCAUCGUCUCGUCUCUCGCCUCGUCUCCUCGAUUCAUAUCCCCCUCCCCCUCCCACCUCCCACCUUCUCCUCCCGUGGGACUGCACCGGUGCCUCCGGUCACCUUCCACCAGUCCGUCCAUCCGUCCGUCUGUCCGUCUGCUUGCUCUCCUGUACAGUACCCUUCUCGUUCAUCGUGCGCCCGGCGGCGGGUGGCGUGGACUUGCGCCGCGCUUCUCCGUCCACACCCAUUCCCGCUGAGUCAGCGUCCGCGUCCGCAUCCGCAGCGGCCCUGACUGCCUGCCAGGCCAUUCAUUACAAUUUCCAGAACUCGGCUUUCAAGAUUCAAAUUACACCGACCAGUCCGACGUGGCGAUGAGGGCCGACGGGGUGGCUGGCAACGCCGCUGAUUUGGCGGGGCAUUAUUAUCGAGUGGAUACGUUGGAGAGAGAGAGAGGUGUACUUUGCCAGCAGAGGCGAUAGAUAGAGCGAGCGAGAGAGGGGAGACCGAUUUAGCCGUCUGGGACUGGCGGAUUGCUGCAUUAGCCAGUGGACCAGGCUGGCCUUAGGGAAUAAGAGUGUUCAAAGAUGUGAACAGAGUUUUGUAAGGAAGGUAGAAAAAUUCCGACGGACAAAAAUGCAGAUGGCCCUUUAGGAAGAGAAAUGCGGGUGUAGAGUGAGUGAGUGGAAGACACUCGUCAAGUUUUCAUUAUGGACCUAGCUUGAUUCAUUGACGCAUGUAACGAGAAUGGAUGAAAGAGUUUUGUUUGUUGCGAUCUG